GUUUCGGGCAGCUGUCAUCGAGAGUAUAUGUUCAGCCCGUUUCGCUCCGAGAAGAAUACCUCCUCACCACUAGGUAUCUCACUCAUCCUUACCACCAUCCAGCCAGUCCUUCACACCUACGCCUGUCACCAGUCGUCUCCAUAAUGCAUCCUUCCACCCGCCUCGUCCUGCUCCUCCUCCCGUUGACACUCGCGCUUCCCUCCCCGCAAGUCUUCACGGCAGCCGGCCUGAUCCCAGCGAACAACUGCACAACUAGGUGCGCAUCCACGAUCAAAUGCCCAACCCUAUUCCCCUCCUCGUGCAUCUGCCACAACCAAUCGGUCGCCGACUGCGCGAAGAAGUGCGGGCAGGAGCCGACCCCAACGCCGCAGGACUGCACUGUCAAGCCCGACAAGUGCAUGACAAUCUGCCGCGGCACCUACGACUGCACGGGAAUGUGGCCGCAGAGCUGUUACUGCGAUAAUAAAGUCACCAUUGCCUGCUCGUUUGAGUGCGGAGUUAGGACGCCCGAGUUGUGGGAGUGUCCGCCCCUGCCAACGUUAACGUUGGCGCCGGCGGAGACUGCGAAGGUUAGGGCGUAG